AUGUCCCCUGCACCGCCCCCCUCUGACCCCCUCUCCUCGCCGCCGCACUCGCCUCUCGUGGAUGCUACGAGCCCGCGAAGACCGUCUUUCGAGACGCGGACGUCUGGCACAUACGUGCAAGCGGGGAACGGACGGCCACCGCCCGCUCGUCGACGCUCGUCCGGCUCGCCGACCCUCAGCAGGACGGCGACGAGGCAGUCUAUCCCUCAUGCGCAAAGUGUGAGGGAGGAACCGGACGAGGAGGAGCUGCGGAAGUUUGCGGAGCUGUGUCGGAGGUUGUACUACGAGAAAGACGCGAACGCAGCCAAGCAAGUCGACACCGUCUUGCAAAAGCUUCCCGCGCCUUACCGAACCGCCUACGCCCGUACGAUGGCCGCCGUUCGCUCUGCCUUUCACCGCGACAACGAGAUCCGGCGACGGCACGAGAUCGAGACGCUCCUCUCGUCCACUCUGCCCGAUUCGACUAUCAAGGAGGAGCUCGGGAUCUCGCGAGCGAGCGAAUCCGUCGCAGCCCUGCGCUCAUCGGCAGCUCGCAAGAUCCGCCGGCAAAAGUUGCGCGAGUUCGUCGAUUCGAACUGCGCAAAUGGCCUGCCUGGAACGCAUACGUUCUUCAAGGCGUUGUUCGGGGCGAUGUGGCUGCAAGCGAUGGACGGGAGGAAAGGCGGCGCGGGCGGAAAGUGCGUAGAGUGGGACGUGGACGUUGCGGUCUUUACAGAGGGCGGCAGCGGCGAAGCUUGGGCAAAGGACGCCGUCGAAGCGCUGAAAGGCGUCCUCGGCAUGACUGAGCGGAUCAGAGAGCCUUCGCACACCGACUCGGCCCGCACCUCCUACUUCGACUCGACCGCAUCCGAGACCUCGUCCGUACACCACGGUGACCCAGUUGUUGCGCCAGUCAUCUUCGACCACCACGCCUCUGCCUCCUCGCCAUCCACUUCCGGCGUUCCUCACCGGAAACAACCUCCGCCUGUCCCGCCGCACCGAGGCAGUAUCCGAAACCGCUCAGGCAGCGAUCCCUUUCUCGACGCAGACGAAAAAGCCGCCAAACUCGCGGCGCAACAGAAGCGCCAGGCCGACCUCGCACCUCCCGCCGCGCCUCUUUCGCCCGUCUCUCCCUCGCCCGACGCUCCCUCCGCCUCCGCUCCUCUGCUCAGCGCCGCUGGUCCGGCCGCGCCUUCGCUCCCUUCUCCCCGCAUCUCGACCUCCGCAAACCGCCCUCUCCCUUCACCUGUCGUCCCGCCUCAAUUCCGCACCUUCACCCUCCCGUCGUAUCUCACCAACCCCGAACUGCGCUCGCUCUGCCGCCUCUUCCCGGAUUUUAUCACCUCCCCCGUGCGCAAGAACGCGCGUUUCCCUUCAUCGGCGCAGAAGACGCCUGCGACGCUCGAGGCGGGCGAGGCGGGCGAAACGAAGGUAGGACAUGGCGCGCUGCGGAUCGGGAGACAAGAGCGGGCGGAAGGGUGGAAGGGAACCCUCUGGGAGAGACUGGUGGAGUGGCUGAGAGCUCUCUUCGGGUUUGCGUAG